AUGAAUACGGUGUCGGAUUUUAUACGGUGGUCUCCACAUUCGGAUACUGGAGCGCAGCAGUUUAUGACGAUUAGUGCGAAGGAGACGCAUGUUAGUUUGUAUAAUGUGAAGGAUUUUAAUAACAAGAAGCCGGAGUCGAUUCGUAGUGAAUUGGUGUUUAAGAAGGAGAAGAUUCCGCAUAUUAAGUGUUUCGAUUGGUCGCCUCUGGGACCCGACCUCGUCGCCGUUGGCAAAUCCGGUGGAGAAGCUCUAAUCCUCCGCAUGAAAAGCUCCGAAAACGCCGAAAACUCCAUUUCCUUGCCCGUAAAACACCAGCGUGGUUGUAACUCCGUCGCCUUCUCUCGCGCGGGAUUCCUCGCUAUCGGAUUGGAUAAAGUACGGAAUGACUUUUGUUUGAAUAUCUGGGACGUGAAUUCCCAAUGGCAUUCGGGGGGGCAGUCUACUACUACUACUACUACUGCAACUGCUACUACUACUACUACUACCCCUUCUUCGUCGGUUAUGCCCAGUACGCCUAGUUCUUUACGAGGGGUUUCGACGACGACAAAUGCGGCGGCGAUACGACAACCGCAGAAACAGUUGGCGCCUAGUGAGAUGAUUUCUGCUAUUCAGUUUUUUACAGAUCAACCGCAUGUACUCGUUGCCGGUGUGGGACAGAGGUUUUUGAGAGCAUUUGAUAUAAGAGAUAACACGGGUUCUCCGGCACUAAAUUUCCCAACGAGGUUGGUACACGGUAUCACGAUCGAUAGGCAUCAAAAUUACUUCUCGUCUUGCUCGGAGGAUGGGUACAUGGCUAUUUGGGAUCGAAGGUUUGCGGGUAGAGGAAUUCAAGACCCCGCGUUGAGUUUUCCGAAGAUAUUCGACGAUUAUCAUGGGAUGGGAGGGAGAUCGCAUUCGGUGCUUACGAUACAUAGUUUGAGGUAUGCUAGGGAGAAUUCGGCGAGUUUUGGGGUGUUGGGGACGAAUGGGGUUUUGAAUCUUUAUCAGAUGGGGACGCAGGUUGCUACUCCUGUGUCUACGGAGGGGAUUGGAGGGGUGGCUGCUGUUGCUAGGUUUAAGGAUCCGUCGAAGUUGGAGGCGGAUAGGUUGAAUAGGGAGAGUUUGUUUGUGACGAAGGUUUCGGAGACACCGUUUAAACGACCCUUAAGAUACGAAAACACCAUGACUUCAUUCGAUUGGAUCUCGGAUGGUAGUUCGGACCCAGAUCUUCGAGUAAUCUCCCUCGCCCGUAAUGGGGGCAUAACAGCAUUUACCGUCCCCACAAAUCCCAUCUCCACGGCCUUCGGCGCACGUAAUAACUUCGUAAUGACCGAUAACGAAAAUGCAACAGUUCUAAACGCACCAUCUACAAAGCGUAUUCAUGUUGCGGAACCGAAUCAUACGUUGAUGAUGGGGGAUGAUCAUACGGGGUAUAACGAUGAAGAUGAGGAUGAUGAUGAAUCGGAUUCGAGUAGUACACCUGAACAUCCGUUGACGGCUAAUGGGAAUGGUGUUGGGGGAAGAGGGGAGGUGAAUGUGAGGAGGGACAGUGUGGUUAAUCCGGAGGAUUAUAUGUUUGAUCCGAGGGAUACUUUGAGGAUUGAUAUUUCGGUUACGAUGAGGAGGAGGGCGGAGUGGGGGUAUCAAUUUGAUUGCGCAAAAAACGAAAAGCUAGUCACUAAGGCGAAGAAAGAGAAUGAACUGGCGGAAAUGUGGAGAUGGUUAGAUGGUGCGAUGGAGUGCACAGAGGGAGACGGGAUGUACUCUGGUGGUCUCGACUUGUCGUACCUCGGGGUUUUGGGGAUCUGGCGUCCUAACCUCCCCGCAUCCCGCCUCGACCCUGGUGCAAAACUAGACGAAAAAUCAUUUUCUGCAGCUUUGAAAAAGAUCAAUGACUGCAAUGGACGAAAGGGACGCUUCAAAUUCGCCGGAGAGACGAAGUACCCGGAACAAAGAAUAUUGGGACUAGCGAUGUGUGGAUGGGACUUCAACAGUGACAAAGAUCUCGAAGAGGCAUUGGAAAAAUUCGAAAAGAAACAACAGUUCGAAAAAGCGGCCGGGUGGGCUUUAUUCCACGGCAACAUUGAAAGAUGCAUAAAAGCCCUUUCGAUGGGUAAAACGGAGAUGAAACUUAUGUCUACGGCCGUGGCAGGGUACAAUUCCCAUAGGAUGUCGGUAGAAAAAAAUGGGAUCGCGGAAAAUACUACCUGGAAGGAUCUAUGCAGGGAGAUGGCCACACAUAUGGAUGAUCCGUAUAGUAGGGCGAUUUUUGCGUAUGUCAGUAAUGGCGAUUGGCAGGAUGUUUUGGACGGAUCGACAGGGUUACCGAUCAGAGAGAGGCUGGGGAUUGCGUUACGGUUCUUGGAGGACGAUGAGUUAAGCACGUACAUCGAUGAUUUUACGGCCAUGGUGAUACGGGACGGAGAACCUGAGGGAAUACUGCUCACAGGAGUUACGGAGAAAGCCAUCGAUCUGUUGCAGGUUUAUGUGAACAAAACGGGAGAUGUGCAGACGGCGGCAUUAGUGGCAUCGUUUGCUGUGCCAAAGUAUUUUACAGAUCACAGGGUUGAUUUGUGGGUGGAUAGUUAUCGUGAACUGUUGGAUCGAUGGAAGUUCUGGCAGAUACGGGCCAACUUUGAUAUCAAGCGGCGAGAAAUAUCGACUAGCAAGAAAGGAACUUCCCUGAUCGAACCGCUUCCGCGGCAAAUAUACGUGAGAUGUAACUUUUGUGAUAGGAAAGUGGCACAUCGUUUUGAAAUCCCAACGACACGCUUCAAGGAUGGCCAACAGGUUACAAUCCCCGUUAGUCAAUCUACUCAAGCCAACUUCCCGCAGUCGAAGGCGAUUGUCUGCCCGAAUUGUAGGAAACCGUUGCCCAGGUGUGCGAUUUGUCUGUUAUACCUUGGGACCCCGAAUACGCGGGUGAUCCGCGGGGCUGGUAAGGGCGGUAGUGGCGGCGGCGGCGAGAAGGUAGAUGAGAUGUAUGACAAGUGGUUUAAUUUUUGCUUGAUCUGUAAUCAUGGGAGUCAUGCUGGACAUGCGAAGGAAUGGUUUUCAAAGCAUACGCUUUGUCCGGUGCCGGAAUGUGAAUGUCUUUGUGGAGUUUUCCGAAGUAAAUAG